AGAAGAAAAAAAUCGGUUUUACCUAAGCUUACCUUGAGAUAACCAUAGAAUGACAACGGAGAACGACUACUACGAAGAGGAUGAAGGACUUCACUUUGAUCCCACGGAGCCAGAAGUCAUCAACUCUUAUCUUAUACCAAUGCUAAGAGAUGAGCCCAUGGAAGACUUUAUAGUGGUGAAAGAUGUUUAUGCCAAGGAGCCAUGGUUGUUGGACCACAUCAACCAUCCUUUUCUCAAGGAAGAUGAAUGGUAUUAUGUCACUCCAAAGACUCAGAUCUCUAAAGAGAAGGUUGGUUGUGGUAAGUACUCCAAGCGGAAGAUCAUCGGAGACGGCAUUGACCGUGGGAACUGGAAUGCGAAUGGGAAAAAAGAUAUCAUUGAUGAGGAUACAGGGAAGGUCAUAGGGGUAAAGCAAAACUUUACUUAUCAUAGCGCCAGCAAGAACAAGAACAAGAAGCAGAAGAGAGGAGACGUCGGUAGUGUUUCUGUUGAUGUUCCAAGGAACGAAAGCUGGAUUAUGGACGAGUUUAGGCUACCUACUUCCAAAGAUAACGAUACGUUCCAAGGGAGAGAGCUAGUCGUCCCGUGCAAGAUUCACAAGAAAAAGUGGUCGGAGAAGGAGAAGAAGAAGGAGAAGGAUUCAUACGAAGAAGCUUCCACUUCUACUAAUCAUUAUCAGCAUGAUGAGACUUCUUCUUCAUCUUUCUGGGAGCAGCAGAAAAAAGAGGCACUCGGAGGAGAGAAGGUGGAUGAGCAGGUUCAAGGCAUGGAGACUGAAACGUUUGAAGAUAUGAUCGAAGAGUUGCUGGGCAGUGAAAAUAUCUGUGAUCAGGACUUGUUUUCGAUACCCUGGUGA